AUGAUGAGGUCGUGGGAUCACUGGGUUGAAGAGGCUCUUCAGAAACUCCAACACCUGCAACUCGUUGGAUCUCUCAGACCCAUUCACCUCCAUAGUGCACCAGCUCUAGAAGCCCAAAAACCUAUUGAAGAUGAAUUCAAUGUGUUCGAUGAACUGCAACCAUGGGAUCGAUCCGCUGUGCAGGUUCAAAUUACUGAAGCCACAUUCCAAAAAUGGGUCCAUGACAUUCCCAGUUCAGGAGACGAUGAUGGUAUCCAGAGUUUCAAAAAGCUGCUACUAUUUUCUGCGAAUGAUUAUUUGGGCUUGGGUUCACAUCCUACUAUUGGAAAAGCUGCAGCUAAGGUCGCCCUAGAACACGGAAUGGGCCCAAGGAGUUCUGCUUUAAUCUGUGGAUAUACUGAUUACCAUAGGUUACUCGAGUCAUGCCUGGCAGACUUGAAGGAGAAAGAGGAUUGUCUUCUUUGUCCAACGGGAUUUGCAGCCAAUACGUCCUUAAUGGUAGCUUUGGGAUCUGUUGGCACUCUCUUGGCUGCUGGCAAAACACCUUCACCUGAUGAAAAGAUUGCCAUUUUUUCUGAUGCACUGAACCAUGCGUCAAUAAUUGAUGGUAUUCGUAUUGCUGACAAGCAAAAGUCUGUACAGAUAUUCGUCUAUAGACAUUGUGACAUGAAUCACCUUGAUGCCUUGUUCUUAGCAUUGCAUUUGUGCUUUGAUAGAUCAAGUUGCAAAAUUAUGAAGAAAGUGGUCGUGACUGAUAGCGUGUUUAGUAUGGACGGAGAGGUUGCACCAAUGGUUGAGCUUGUGAAGCUACGCAAAGAGCAUGACUUUUUGUUAGUUAUUGAUGAUGUAAGUCCUCUAGGGCAAUCCAUCAAGAAAGUUGGCCCCCGUAUUAAGCAAAAAAACUUGUAUGAAACGGGAAUAACACUAUUUUACUAUCUCCAGCCAAUCACAGUCUGCCACAUGAAAAAGUUAUCAUGCAUGACAUACUGUGAUUGGCAGGGAAUAACAAAAUAG